GGUUUGGAAUCCCGCUGUUUGGAGGCGAGGGAAGAGAUGGGCGCUCUGCGCUUGAGGGCUUCCUUCGCCGUUGCGAGGUUGGCGUUGGGUUCUGCUCAUCCCCUGUCGUCCGAUGCCCAACCCCCUCGCACUCUUUCCCUCCGUGUUGCGGUUCCUUCUGGUUUGGUGCUUCUGAUUGUUGCCUUCUUCCGUUGACUGCUUGCUUCCACGCCAAGAUUGAUUUUUUUCCUUCUUCCUUGGAUCGCUUCGGCUGAAAGAUCGGAUCUUUGGCGGUGACGGCGCUAGCGUUAGUGCCUGUCCCGUUGGUUCUCGGUUAUCCGCCCCAAAGAUCCGAUCUUUUCUCGUAUGUUAUUGUCUUUGUUAGUAGCAAUCUGGGUUUUGGAGCUUUGAAAUGCCCUUCUUUAUGUGUGUCUGUGUUUCUCUUUUUGGGAUCUGAGUUUCGAUCCGUGGGCUGUUUGCAUUUUAUUAGGCUUUUCGUAUUGGAGAUUUAUUUGACUGGGAAAAGAUGAAAUUUUGUGGGUACGGAAGCUUUGCUCGGCGCUUUUAAUUUGCACGUAAGGGGCAGAAUUGUGUAGAUACUGUGGCAGUGAAUGUUGUACAGCAGUUAGUCCAGCAGUGUAUUUUAUUGGGUAAUAGGAAGGAGGAAAUCUUGUCAGAAAAAAAUUCCUCAAUUCAGUUGUAUGUAAUCCAAGCUAGUCUUUUGAAUGGAUAAGCAGGUAUACCAGAAGAGAGUCAAAUCUGGAGGUAGAAUUUUUCAGCGAUUAGCAUGCAAACAAGCCCCAGAAGAUGCUUCUUCUAAUGAUGAUAAAGUUCCUUGCAACACCCCUAGAGGUUAUACGGAGUCAACAUGCGUUUCUUUACGUGAGGGUAUGGCUUCAAGUAGUACUGAUAAUGGAGAUGCCUUCGUGAGUUCAGGGGAGUAUGUGAGGGACCAUGGUUCUCUUUUAAGUUUGCAGCCAUGGAUUUUCAAAACGGGAAGUUAUCAGAGAGAUGAGGAAUUAGUGAAACCAAAUGAUGAUUGUUCUGAGAAAUGUGGGUAUGAAAUGGAUGGUUUCAUGUAUAAUUCUCUUCCAGAGAUCUCUCCACAGAGUGUUAGUCUGGGUUACGCCUGUGGUAGAGGUCAAAGCACUAUUAGAGCCAGGCGCUCUCACCGCAGCUCAAUUAAGCCGCUUUCUUCCACAGAGAACUGCCUAAUCCCUCAACUUUACGAUGCAAAUUUUGAAAUCGAAGAGUUUGUUUUCAGUUCGUUUCCUUCUUCCACCACACCAGGCUUGAGGCCCUUUGUUGUAACAGAUGAGAGCAAGAUAGUUAACAAAUCUAGUUUUGGAUCUACAGGCAUAACUUUUGAUAGUGGAAUGAACAAGGGGAAUAUGAAGAAUGUGACAGGGGUUUCUUCUCUUCCUGAGUUGAGGACACCAAAAAGAAAGAGUAGGGAGACACCACAUGAUAUUGUGGGAUCUUCCAACAGUCGAAGAUCACACAUGAUCUCCCAUCAAAAAGCAGCACCGACAUUGUACCCAGGUUUGCAUGAUGGAAUACAUAUCUUCUCUAUUGGAGUCAGCCUUGGAAUCAUAUCCACUGUGCUAUCAAAUAGAAAAGAAAUAGAGAAUUUAAACAACAUGUUGAAGGGUUCGGAGAACUUGAUUCAAGAUUUGCAAGAGGAGUUGGAUAUGAAAGAUGCCGUAACUGUUAAAGAAUUGGCUAAUGAAGCUUGUGGGCACCAAAAACCAGUUGACAGCAUUGCUGAAUCAAUUAAAUCUGCCAUUGAUCAACUUCCAGAAUCCUAUUUUCCUGUAGAGGAAAAAGAUGAAUAUGACCAGCUAAAUUUCUCUAAGGAAGAGUCAAGGAGUAAGAUUGAAGCAGAGCUUGAGAUUGAACUGGAGAAACUGGAACUGACCAUGAACAGGUCAAGUCUGAACGGAACAAUGUUAGCACUUGGUGAGCUUGAUCUGGAUGUAGUUGCUGAUGUCGUAUAUGGGGAACUAAAGGCAGAUAUGCUCCCCGGUGGGGUUUCUGAGGACCAGGAUGAUAGUGCAAGUGACAGCGAGAACACUACAAACCAUAUCCACAAUGUCAACCAUGCAGUUUCACCACGAGAGCUUAGCUUACGCCUGCACGAUGUGAUCCAACUCAGGCUAGAAGAAAGAAUCAAAGAGCUAGAGGAUGAGCUUCAGCAAACCAAGAAGCAACUUCAGUCGGCAGAAUCCGAGCGCCUUCCUUCGCAAAGAGCCUUCUCAAGCAGCGACAUGGAAUCUUCCUCCAACCAGGACAGCCCAACGGGUAUUGCCGGAGACACGGCUUUGGCUCAGCCAUUUUGCUUGAACCUUGCUGGAGAUGCUCUAGACACGUACAAUGAAGCUUAUGAAGAGAUCAGACGGACAGCCAACAUGGUGAACAACUUGCCAUCCACGACUAACAUGACUGGUGAACUUGGACAUGGCUUAUAUUCAUCUGAACGGAGUUUUACAUGGGCAAUGGAAGUGCCAAAACGUUGCGGGAGGGAGACUAAGUGGGAGCAAAAUCUGAAGAGCACGGGAUUGAACGAUGAUCAGAUUCUUGAGAUCCAUGCGACGAAUGAAGAUGAAUAUAACGAUGAUGAAGAUGACGAUGAAAUGAAAAUGUUAAUCGAACAAAUUUUAGAGCGAACAAGGCAAGGCUCACCAAUUGUACUACAUGCACAAAGCUUGUUGAGAUGCACUCUCUUUACAACAAGCCCCAAGUGAGAAAAAUACAAUCUGAGGCACUUUUAGAUCUUGAUAUUGUAUUCAUAUCGAUCGUCGUCAGUUGUUAUCAGUUGGAUCAUUAUCGAUCUGUAUAUUGGUAGGA